AGGCAGUGCGCUGACCGGCCCGGCCGCCCGGCCCCUCCUGGGUCCUCCCGGCGCAGCCCGUGCGGGGCCGUCCCGGAGACCCCGCGCCGACGGCUGCUCAAACCUCCGGCUGGCUUUCGAGAGAACACUCCGCCAGUCCCCAGCCGGGGGCCCCGUGUAGACCUGGAGCGGACGACCCCUCCUUCCCUUCAUGAUCCGUCUGUAGCGCAGUGGCGAUGGAUGAUGAGGACGGGAGAUGCUUAUUAGAUGUGAUCUGCGACCCCCAGGCCCUCAACGACUUCCUUCAUGGAUCCGAAAAGCUCCAUGUGCAGGAAGCUGCUGGCAAUCACCUGAACCCGGAGCCCAGCCAGCCAGCGCCCAGUGUAGACCUCGACUUCCUGGAAGAUGACAUCUUGGGCUCACCAGCCGCAGGGGGCGGCGGGGGUGCCGGAGCGGCCGAGCAGCCCUGCGACAUCCUGCAGCAGAGCCUGCAGGAAGCCAACAUCACAGAGCAAACGCUGGAGGCCGAGGCCGAGCUGGACCUGGGACCCUUCCAGCUGCCCUCCCUGCAGCCUGCGGAUGCCGCUACGGGUGCAGCGGGUCCUGGAGGGGCGGCCCCUGUGGCCGCGGGACCCCAGGCCCUCUUCCCUGGCAGUGCUGACCUACUAGGCCUGCAGGCACCCCCCACCGUGUUGGCCCAUCAAGCGCUGGUGCCGCCGGCGGACGUGGUGAACAAGGCCCUGAGUGUGCAGCCCUUUCUGCAGCCCGUGGGCCUGGGCAAUGUGACGCUACAGUCCAUCUCUGGCCUUCCGGGGCUGCCCAAUGGGAGUCCCGGCGGUGCAGCAGCCGCCACACUUGGGCUGGCACCCAUCCAGGUGGUGGGCCAGCCGGUCAUGGCCCUCAACCCGCCCGCCUCCCAGCUUUUGGCCAAGCAAGUACCUGUCAGCGGCUACCUGGCAUCAGCAGCCGGCCCCUCGGAGCCCGUGACACUGGCCUCGGCUGGCGUGUCCCCACAGGGGGCUGGCCUGGUCAUCCAGAAGAGCCUACCUGCUGCUGUGGCCACCACACUCAACGGGAACUCAGUGUUUGCCGGAGCUGCGGCCACAGCCGCUGCCAGCGGGGCACCAUCCGGGCAGCCCCUGGCCGUGGCACCUGGCCUGGGCACGUCGCCCCUGGUGCCCGCCUCCAACGUUAUCCUGCAUCGCACGCCCACGCCCAUUCAGCCCAAGCCUGCCGGGGUGCUGUCACCCAAAGUCUACCAGCUGACCCCCAAGCCCUUCGCCCCCGCAGGCGCCACACUCACCAUUCAGGGCGACGCGGCAGGACUGCCGCCGCAGUCCAAGGCCCCCCAGAACCUGACUUUCAUGGCAGCAGGAAAGGCUGGCCAGAAUGUGGUACUGUCUGGCUUCCCCGCGCCCGCCCUGCCCGCUAAUGUCUUCAAACAGCCACCGGCCACCACCCCGGGCGCAGCCCCGCCGCAGCCCCCUGGCGCCCUGAGCAAGCCCAUGAGCGUCCACCUGCUUAACCAAGGCAGCAGCAUCGUUAUUCCGGCCCAGCACGUUCUGCCCGGCCAGAAUCAGUUCUUGCUGCCCGGAGCUUCGGCUGUGCAGCUGCCCCAGCCACUCUCUGCCCUGCCGGCCAACGUUGGGGGCCAGAUCCUGGCGGCCGCCGCGCCCCACGCCGGCGGGCAGCUCAUUGCCAACCCCAUCCUCACCAACCAGAACCUGGCCGGCCCGCUGAGUCUGGGCCCCGUGCUGGCCCCCCACUCCGGGGCUCACAGCGCCGCGCACAUCCUCUCGGCCGCCCCCAUCCAAGUGGGCCAACCUGCCCUCUUCCAGAUGCCCGUGUCAUUGGCCACUGGCAGUCUGCCCACCCAGAGUCAACCUGCACCCACCGGGCCCGCCGCCACCACCGUGCUCCAGGGGGUCACACUGCCCCCCAGCGCUGUGGCCAUGCUCAAUGCCUCCGAAGGGCUGGUGCCACCUGCCACCGCGGCCACUGCAUCUGGGGAGGCCACGCCAGUCCUGGCCGUGCAGGCUGCCCCCCAGGCUCCCCCUGUGGUCAGCACCCCACUGCCCCUGGGCCUCCAGCCUCCAGCCCAGCAGCCCUCGCAGGCUGCUGCCCCGCCUCAGGCCUCAACCACGCCGCAGCCCAGCCCAGGCCUGGCGUCCAGCCCAGAGAAGAUCAUCUUGGGACAACCACCCUCUGGGGCCCCUGCGGCCGUCCUUGCUCAGGAACCCGUGCAGAUGUUCCUGCCCCAGGAGAGGAGCCGGCAGCCCCUCUCUACUGAGGGCCCCCACCUCUCCGUGCCCGCCUCGGUCAUAGUCAGCGCCCCACCUCCCGCCCAAGACCCAGCCCCGGCCACCCCCGCUACAACCGGAGCAGGCCUUUGUCCGCAGGCCCCCGACAGCCAGGCAACCCCGGCGCCGGGCCCCCAGAUCCCGGCGGCGGCUCCCCUGAAGGGCCCCGGGCCCGCCUCGUCCCCCUCUCUACCUCACCAGGCCCCCCUGGGGGACAGCCCGCACCUGCCCUCUCCACAUCCUGCCCGGCCCCCCUCCAGGCCCCCGUCCCGUCCGCACUCAAGGCCGCCCUCACAGCCUCAGACCUUGUCCCGGCCACCCUCAGAGCCCACCCUGCACCCCUGUCCCCCGCACCAGGCCCCAGCACCUCUGCCCAGCAUCUUUGUCAUCCAGAACCAGCUGGCCGCUCCCCCUCCUGCAGGACCGCCAGCCCCAACUGCCUCGGGCCCAUCCCAGCCCCCUCUGCGUCCCCCUUCCCAGCCCCCUGAGGGACCUCUGCCCCCAGCACCCCACCUCCCUGCAGCCUCCACCUCCUCUGCGGCCACAGCAGCAGCCACCUCCGAGACGCCCACCAGGCUGCCGGCCCCAACGCCGCCUGACUUUCAGCUCCAGUUCCCGGCAGGCCAGGGGCCUCACAAGUCCCCCACCCCUCCUCCCACCCUCCACCUGGUCCCCGAGCCCACAGUGCCCCCGCCCCCACCUCCUCGGAGCUUCCAGAUGGUGACCCCCCAGUUCCCGGCGCUGCCCCAGUCCAAGGCUCUUCUAGAAAGGUUUCAACAGGUGCCGCCUGGGAUUAUUCUCCAGAACAAGACGGGGGGUCCCCCGGCCACCCCACAGACUCCCGCCAGCUUGGGGCCCCUCACCAGCCCCCCUGCCUCGGUGCUGAUCAGUGGGCAGGCCCCAUCCGGGACCCCUGCCGCUCCCAGUCACCCCCCAGCCCCGUCGCCCAUGGCCACUGCAGGCCACCCUCUGCUUCCUGCCGAGAGCAAAGCUUUUUCCAGCAGUGUCACAGCCCUGAGCACCAUCAAGCCAGGCAAGGCCUCGGGGCUGCAGUGCGAGAGCAGGCUGGGCAGUGUCAAGAAGCCCCCCGUGCUCCAGCCCAGCAAGGAAGCCUGCUUCCUGGAGCAUUUGCACAAACAUCAGGGCUCGGUCCUGCACCCUGAUUACAAGACUGCCUUCCCCUCCUUCGAGGAUGCCCUGCACCGCCUCCUGCCUUACCACGUCUACCAGGGCACCCUGCCCUCCCCCAGCGACUACCACAAAGUGGAUGAGGAGUUCGAGACAGUGUCCACGCAGCUGCUGAAGCGCACCCAGGCGAUGCUCAAUAAAUACCGCCUCCUGCUCCUGGAGGAGUCCCGGCGGGUGAGCCCCUCGGCGGAGAUGGUCAUGAUCGACCGCAUGUUCAUCCAAGAGGAGAAAACCACCCUCGCCCUGGACAAGCAGCUGGCGAAGGAGAAGCCAGAUGAGUACGUGUCUUCCUCGCGCUCCCUCGGCCUCCCAGUGCCCGCAUCUAACGAAGGACAGCGGCCUGCAGGCUCAGGGCACCCCGCACCCUCCACCCCGGGGGCGCCGCCACCCCUGCACCUGCCCACCAAGCUGGUGAUUCGGCACGGCGGCGCGGGUGGCUCCCCGUCUGUCACCUGGGCUCGGGCGGCUGCCGCAGCCUCAUCGUCCUCAUCUUCAUCGUCAUCAUCCUCUUCACUGUCCUCUUCAUCCUCCGCCACCUCAGCCCUGGACACGGACGAGGACGGCCCGAUGCCAUCCCGCAACCGGCCGCCCAUCAAGACCUACGAGGCGCGCAGCCGCAUCGGCCUGAAACUCAAGAUCAAGCAGGAGGCCGGGCUGAGCAAAGUGGUCCACAACACGGCCUUGGACCCCGAGCAUCAGCCGCCGCCGCCACCACCACCGUCCAGUGUGCUCAGGGCCGCCGAGCCAUCGUCCCGGCCACCACCCGCACCCCCUGCACCCCCAGGCCCAGGACAGAUGAAUGGCACCAUGGAGCACCCCUCGGCCAAGCCCCCUGCGCCCCAUGGUCCACGCCUGCCUUUGCGCAAAACCUACCGGGAGAACGUGGAGGCUCUGGGCACGGGCACAGGCGAGGGCACGGCAGGUGGCGGUGGCUUUGGGGGAGGCCGGACCCGCGCCCGGGGUGCCUCCAGCCCCCCGCCGCUGACUGACAAGGUGGGCGAAGCCACAAGCGGCCUGAUCCGAGAGCUGGCGGCCGUGGAGGACCAGCUGUACCAGCGCAUGCUGAAGGGGGGUGCACCUCAGUCCCAAGCCCAGCCUGGUGCCCCCGGGGGCAGCCGCACUGGCGAGCCGGCCUGGGAGGGCCCCCCAUUGCCCCCCGCUAAGCGGCGCAAGUCUGACUCACCCGACGUGGACCAGGCCAGCUUUUCAAGCGACAGCCCGCAGGAUGACACGCUCACAGAGCACCUACAGAGCGCCAUCGACAGCAUCCUGAACCUGCAGCAGGCCCCUGGCCGCACCUCAGGGGGCCCGCACCCCACGCCCACCGCUCCGCGCUCACCCCCACACCGGCCUGAGGCCUACCCAGCCCCCAGCCAGAAUGGCGGCCUAGGCACUCGGACGUGGGACAGAUAACAGCGGAGCCGGCCCACGCGGGGCCUCCUCCGCCUCUCGGGGGAUGGGUGGUCAUGACACCACCAGCAGCACCCCCACAUUUUCUUGCCUAAGUUAUUGGAGGCCCAAGAAGGGCCUCGCCACCUCCCUGCUCUGCCGGCGCAGCGCGGCAUGGCCCGGCGUGGGCAGGGCGCUCAUAAAUUUUGGGGAGGGGGCAAGUGAGGCCCAGGGCCCCCUGACUCAGUGGUGGUGGUGUGCCCUCACGGAUCCGUGUCCAAGGGAGCCCCCACGGGCUUUAGGGAACAGGCGAGGAAGGCUGGCAGGUCCCUCCGUCACUACCACCCCCGGCUAUGGGGGCCCUCAACCCACUCCCCGUGCGUGUGCCCGAGGGAACAGGAGCAGUUCCAGACCUACCACCACCAAGACCCCCCCCCCGCACCUCCAAGACAGGAAAACGGGGUCCCCUCCCCGCUCCCGACCACCACCAGUCUUCCCCCCCCCUACCCCGUUCUUCCUGCCGCCAGCCGCCUGCCCACACCAGAUUUUGAAAUCUCGGAGUCUAAACGAGUACUGUAAAAUAACUUUUUUGUACUGUAUUUAUUGUGCAUAACGAUUUUUUAAAGGAGAAUUCUGUACAUUUAGAACUUGUAAAUUAAAAACCGAUCCUUUUUUUAAAACUGUA